AGCAACCUCUUGGGGCCAGUGCUAGUCACGUGACCCCUCUGUUUACCAAAAUGGUGAACAUCUAUGUUUUACAAAUAAUUUCCAAUUCUUUUUAAGACCUCUUCGUUCAGCUAUGAUGGUCUAAUGAAAUGAAAGCGGGGUUAUGGUAAUCGUACCGUUAGUCAUUAAACAUCAUAGACGAACACUUGUAGCUAGUAUUAUUACGCUCGUAUUGUGUUCGGUUGCCACAAAAGAUCGUAGCGAAAGUUUGAAAGUAGCCGUAUGAAAGUGUCUUCCGCGUUACAAAGUCUUCUCAUAUGUAAUUAUUACGCGUGUGGUUAAAUUUAUCUGACCAAUAGAGAGCAUUUUGAAUGUGCAUUUCCAGGAUUCAAUGACUGCCAUAUUAAUUACCCAACUCCUUAAAACUCAUUGACCUAUUGGAACAGUACUAUUUUUUUAUGAUUUCUGUAUGGAUACGAGUCUUCGAUAUUUCAUGGGGUGACCGAGGUUCCACGAGGCCUAAUUUCAUUACAGACAAUGUUGAAUGCACGGCAUUGCAGUGAUUACAGAUGAUCUCUGAUGUAGGCUAGUGCAAGUAAAAAGCACUUUCAAAUAGGACAUCUAAAUGUCAAAGGGUGUCCUAUCAUAGCGUUUUAUGCUUUGGCCAGGCAUUUUUAAAAAUGGCCACGUAUCAAGUUGACUAUCAGUGGUUGGUCUUGGCUUAUACCAUAAUGGAUUCAUCUAGAAUAUCCACUUUCUUAAUAUCAAUUUUAUUGAUAGUCUAUGGCAGUUUCCGAUCUCUAAAUAUGGAACAGGAAGCUAGAGAAAGAGAGAAAGAAAAAGAACGCAGUAAUUUAUUGACUGGAAUUUUGAGUAAUAGCAGCACGGCAAAUGCGGAUGGUGCUAAUGGCAGAGUUCAAACUCUAAAUACAAUGCAUGCUCUUUGUCUACCUCUUGGUGCUUCCAUUUCUCUACUUGUCAUGUUUUUCUUCUUCGACAGUAUGCAAAUGCUUGUGGCAAUUUGUACAGCCAUUGUAGCUACAGUUGCAUUGGCAUUUCUUCUGCUGCCCAUGUGUCAAUACAUCAUUAGACCAUGCUCGGAUGGUAACAAAAUAUCCUUUGGUGUUUGUGGAAGGUUUACAGGUGCAGAAUUACUUUCAUUUUCACUGAGCGUGAGCAUAGUAUGCAUCUGGGUUCUAACUGGACAUUGGCUACUCGUGGAUGCAAUGGGCAUGGGACUUUGCGUAGCGUUCAUCGCAUUUAUUCGAUUGCCUAGUCUAAAAGUAUCCACUAUAUUGCUAACCGGGCUAUUGAUCUAUGAUGUCUUCUGGGUUUUCUUUUCAUCCUAUAUAUUCAGCACAAAUGUAAUGGUUAAGGUAGCGACUAGACCAGCAGAUAAUCCCGUGAAUCUUGUGGCUAGGAGGUUGCAUUUGGGAGGUGUAGCAAGAGAAGCACCGAAACUUCCUUUGCCUGCAAAAUUAGUUUUUCCAUCCAUGCAUCAAGCAGGCCAUUUUUCAAUGUUAGGUCUUGGUGAUGUUGUCAUGCCAGGUCUUUUGCUUUGCUUCGUUUUACGAUACGACGCGUAUAAAAAGACUCAAUUGUUGCCUGGUGGUUGUGAAACAGGAGUCCCACCUCCUCGUCACAUUAACCGCAUUAGUUAUUUUCAUUGUUCUUUGAUCGGUUAUUUUCUUGGUUUACUUACUGCUGCUGUAAGCUCUGAGGUGUUCAAAGCUGCGCAACCUGCCUUAUUGUACCUUGUGCCCUUCACUUUACUGCCGUUGCUCACAAUGGCAUAUUUGAAGGGAGAUUUACGUCGAAUGUGGAGUGAACCGUUCAUAUCUCAACAACCUUCGAAACAUAUGGAAGUUUGACAACAGUCAUGGAUUCAUGUAUAUUACACAUCAUGGGAGGAAAAUCAUUCAUAUGAAUCCUCUUGUCACUUAUCAUCACGUCCUUAUUUUUAUCAAUGUCAUCUAAUGUAAGUAAUUUUUUUUACACGUGAUACGUCUUUUAAUGCCACAAUGCAAAUUACAAUUUCAUACUUUUGCGAGCGAUUCGCGGUGUAACUGAAGAAAUACUGUGCUACGACAUUGAUUUAAUAUAACGUUAAAGAUGUAAACUGGGUUUUUUUUUAUUAAGUGGAAUGAAAGCAAACAAUAUUUAUAAAUGUUAAGAAUACUGACUAUUUCGAAUACGUGGUCGGGUACUCUUUUUGUGUCUUAAAUUCGAUGUUGAGUAAUUCAGUGGGCUAUACAUAUAUUAGAUAAAAUAAAUAAUACUGAACAUUAUCUCACGAUCUAUUAAAACGCGUAUUAAGACACACUUAAAAAAAAUACGGAGAUGCGUUUGUGUUACUUCUACGGCGAAUUGUAUCAUAUGAAUUUCGUAUGCUUCGAAAUACACAUUUUUCAUUCUUUUUUUACACCAAACUAAUAACGUGUUUAUAUAUUGAAUAGUUUUGCUCUAACUCCGUUAUAAAUGUGUGUGAUAUUCUAUGCAGAAAAGAUUUUUUAAUUUAUUAUUCAAUCGAUAUCAGAAUAAUUGUAUGUAACAUGUAGUUAUGGAUAGAAUAAUUUAAUAACUGUUCAAGGAUUUCCACAAAGAUCUAGCGAACGUAUGUGUGUAGGUUGUGACUUUGUUUUAACUUGGGACUAGUGUCAAAGAAAGUGUUCUUUACGCAAAAUUGUAUAUAAAAUUUUCGUUUUCAUAAAUUUAAGAGUUAAACAGAAAAAAAUCGAUAAUUUGUUAUUAGGAUUAACAGCAAGCGUUUCUAACUUGCCAAAUGUCUUGCUAACUUUGUAUAGCAUGACGAAAAUUGAAACAAUUUUCUAGGAAGGAUGAAAGUGAAAGUUGUAGAACUUUAUGGUGAAAAGUAAACGACAAAUUUAAGUCUUGAUUUUUAAGGACUGUCUCGUGAUAAGAACAAGUUCACGAUUGCAGCCCAAAGUGUUUUAACCAAGCUCUUGCUAUGGAUAGGCACCAGAAAGACUUUUUUAUGUUUAUUUAAAAACAAGACUGAAAAUAAUAUUGUAUGAAAGCCAAUGUAUCGAGAAAUAUCUCAGAAACAAUCAAUCCCUUUGUUCAAUUUCUCUUAUCUCAAUUUAUAUGGUAUUGUAGAUUGAUACAAUAUAAUAUAAUAUAUGAUACAAUAUUAUCAGACACGACACAAAUAGAAUGAUUGCUUCUAUAAUAAUUUGCAGUAGAUUAUACGAAGUGUAGCAUCAGAGAUUAUAUUAGUUUAUUUACUGGUUAUUUUUACAAUAUUUUAUUCAACACAUUCUGAAAGUUAUGAACAUAUUAAAUGUAUAUCUAGAAUUUUCUUUUCUCGAAUAUACAUUUUUCUUUUUUUCUUUCUUUGGAUAAGGAUAUUUUAAAGGAACUAGUACAUUUUUUAUGUAAUAUGUUUUGCACUUAUAACGGUAUAAUGGUACAUUAAGAGCGAUAAAUUAUCGGGGAUAGAAAUAUAGCAUCAGUUUAAAAAUAACGUAACUUGUACACUUGUAUAUUGACCUAGAAAUUAACAAACCUAAUCCGUAGUAUGGACGACAAAGAAAUAAAUAAUUAUAUUUGCAAUCUUGUUCUCCAGAAACAUUUCAAUAAUUUGUUCGUAAAAAGUUUAAGUAUUUCGCCUUUACUUUUAUAAACGUUAAUAUUAAAAAUAGUAUUAUACAAAAACUAAUAACUUUCUAAAAAAAAGAAUCAUUUAUACAUGAAAUUAUUUUUUUACUUGCGUUAAUGCAGUUCUAACAGUUAACAAUUUAUACGAGCAAUUAAUACCUCACAUACAAACUACUCCUUUUGAUACAAUUUUCAUUAGUUUUUGUAUAAAACUGCGAUCGUUAACCGUGCUUCGUUCGUUUACCUGUCCAUAGCACAAGCAAUUUUUCAUUCAUUAUGCGUCCUAAGGAAAUGAUUUUUAGACAAAUCGAAGAAAUAUCUAUUUCAUUAAUGGGAUAUAAAGACAUGCAAGUAGCAAAGUAUAUUUUAACUACUUCCGUUCAAACGAAAAGGAGAAAAGUAAAAACAGUAAGAGAAGACUCGAUCAUUCUUAAUGCGAAUGAACCUAUCUACGCGUUGUUAAAUUUUCAAAAACUUAAGACUCGUUUAAUCUUGUUUUUUCUUUCUUAAAAAUAAUUAACGUACAUUAUUAUACAGGGUUCAUUUUUCUGUGAUGUACGUUUUAUAACUUUUUUCUUUCCUCUGUACAUAUCUUUGACUUUAUACAAUAAUUUUAUAUCAAUAAUUGUUCACUUUUUCUUAAAUCCGAGAUAUUAGUUUACCGGGAAACCAGUGAAUUCUUGGGAAAAGAUAUCCACAUAAUCAGAGACGUUGUAUAAUAUAGGGUAGAUUUCAAUACCUUAAAAGAGGUUCAUGAAACAACAAGUUCAAAAUAAAACACUUGUAUACUCCUCUUGCUUCAGUUGCAUUUCUUCGUUUAAUUCAUGUUAUUGUUCUUUUUUCUUUUUUGUACAAACAGAGUUCGAAGCAUAACAAUGUAGAAAAUAUCAAUUGUAAGAUUAUAACUUAGUUUAUGGUGAAAAUGGAAGGUGUAAGAAAAUUUUAUUCCCUUUCUUAACAGCUUAUUAUAAAGAACCACGUUUUCAUUAACGAGAGUCUUUAAGUCUGACAAAUUAUUUAUUUGACUAGGAUAACAAAGAUGGAAGCAUGUACAUAAAUCACAACUAUUUGAUUGUCCUUUAAUUUUCCCAUAAACUAAGCGACGAAAUAUAUAUACAUACAUAUAUUAUUUCAUACAUUGUAUCACUAAUAUGUAUCGUGUAUAUAAUAUAUAUAUAUAGUGAUACGACGCACGAAAUAAAAAGCAAAGUAAACGAGAAAAUACAUUUAAAGAAAAAAUCGGAAGUUAAGUCGUAAAUAGAAUUAUAAUUAAAUGCUAAAUAAUUAUAGCUGAUAUAUUAUUAAGAGCACUUUGCUUGUACUGUUGCAGUUCUUGACUUGCAUGUGUACAGCUAUGUACAUUUUUAUAUAUAUUAUAAAAAUCCGAUCAUUUUCGUAUGAUCGUGUUGAAUAAGUAAACUUAUUGAAUAAACUUACACAUGUUCUUUUUC